UCGGAGAGGACCGACCGAUCAAGUCGGUGGCCGAGGAGAUGAAGAGGAGGCUGCAGAAGAAGUACUUGAUUUUGAUCCUAGGGUAUUCUGUAAUACUUCUGUUAAUUCCUUAUAUGCUGGAUUACAGGAGUAAAACUAGUCAGGUUAAACAUGGGCUGCAGCAGCAAAGGUGCCCUGAUUUGGACAGCGCGAUGGCAUUGUGGAGUAACGGGGAGAAAUCCAACAACGGUACUGAAAUGGUUGGAGACAUGGUCAAUAGGAGCCACACGAAAACACACAUCUAUUUGCACGCCACAUGGAGGACGGGGUCUUCGUUUUUAGGGGAACUGUUCAAUCAGCAUCCCGAUGUAUUUUAUUUGUACGAACCCAUGUGGAAUAUGUGGCAAGCGCUUUAUCCGGGAGACGCGGGAAGUCUUCAAGGAGCAGUACGGGACAUGAUGAAUUCGCUCUACCGUUGUGAUUUCUCCGUUUUGAAACUCUACGCAGGAACUAACAACAUAAGCACCUCUUAUAUUUUCGGUUGGAAAACGAACAAGGUUAUAUGCUCCAAGCCUUUGUGCAGCGCCUACAAGAAAGAUGAAAUUGGGUUGGUGAAAGGAGACGUCUGUGAAAAGUGCCGACCUAAGGAUAUCAAGGAAUUGGAGAGAGAGUGCAAGAAGUACCCUGUCGUUGUUAUUAAAGAUGUGCGAGUUCUUGAUCUCGGGGUACUGGUUCCUCUGAUCAGAGAUCCUGGUCUGCAACUUCAAGUCAUUCAGCUGUUCCGAGACCCACGAGCGGUCCACAAUUCUAGACUGAAAUCGAAACUGGCGUUAGUGAAGGAGAGCAUCCAGGUGCUGCGGAGCCAGAAACAGACGGACAAGUACAAACGGCUCCUCAUGCCCAGCAACAGGGCCAACCGGGCGGAGAGUUACGUUUCGAGCGCAAUGGAGCUGAUUUGUGACAACUGGCUCAAUGACAUGCUGCUGGUCAAGAACGCACCCCAGUGGGUUAAAAGAAACUACAUUCAAUUGCGCUACGAAGACCUUGUCCUGAAUCCAGUUGAGGAAUUGCGGAGGCUGUACCGUUUCUCAAACCUGACUUCCUUCCCCAAUAUUGAGAGGUUUGUGUUGAACAUGACACACGGGGAGGGGUACUCUUCCGAGAAACCUUUCCUAAUUUCAUCGAGGGACGCUAAAGAAGCUAUAUUCGCAUGGAGAGAGAGACUGAAUGUUGAGCAGAUCAACCAAGUUGAAGCUUACUGCAGCGAAGUCAUGCGCCGACUCGGAUAUCAAAAAAGCAACGUGGAUAAAACGUAAAAUUGGAAGACACUAAAUCGAGGAGCCAGAUGCACAGAGGAGAGGAACAACAGGAAAUCACCACUGGUGCAGAUGGAGGCGGGGCGGGGGAGCGUGACGGCUGGGUCCUCCCCUGACGACGUCGCGAGGAUCCCUUCCUCCAGAGGAAGCAGAGGAAAUGAACACUGCACGAGGGGGUCAGAGAGACACCAGCAUGUGUAUAUAUGUACAAUGAGAGACUUGCUGGAGUUCCAAGCUCCUCUCCCCACACUGACCUGGGCCUCAUCUCAGAAGGGGCCAAAGGAGGCAGUGCUGUUUGGUCAGUGUGGUCAGAGGUCUGCCAGGUUACUGACUUCCAGCUUUCAUCGGCGUUAAUCCCCUCUCAAUUCCCGGCAGGCCCUAAUCAGCGAGCAGGCUACGUCACACCUGGGCACAAACGAUCCUGAGCUAGAGUACCCAGCAGCUUCCGAAUCAUCCUACUCCCUAUACCCCUGUCCUGUUGCAGUUCAGUUGUUCAUGUUGUGCUACAAUACCAAGAUUUCAGAUCCCACUUGUGUGUGAGAGUGUGUGUGUGUGUGUGUGUGUGUGUGUGUGUGUGUGUGUGUGUGUGUGUGUGUGUGUGAUUGUAGUUGUUGUAAGGUCAACAGUGCGCAACCAAAAAGGGAAAACAAAUGCUAACAGUUCUCAGAUUCUGAUCACAAAGGAGAUAUGCAGUACCAGUUUGUGUUCUGACAUGGACUUUUACACACUUAGCCCAAUAAGAACCAGAUGUUGAGGCAGUUGAUCACAGUUCACUGCUGUGGGCUCCGUUGCUGGGUAAAAGGAGCCCAUCCAGAAUAGCGAGGCCCUCCGUAUGCAGGGAUCCAGAGGCCUGGCAUCCACCCCUCUCUCUGACGGUACUCUCACAACUGUGUGGAAUUCCUCUACAUCCUAUCAAAUCACCUCUGAGAGGGUUAGCAGGCUCCACCAUGAUGAAAUCUGCAUUUAGGUACCUACCUUUUUAUUAGCUUCCACAUUUACAGAGUUGAGUCUAAAAGUGCUGUUUAGACACAAGGAAAUCUGUCACUAUUCCAUACAUUAACAGCAACAAAAAUGAAAUGCCUCUCCUUUUGUAAUUUAACAUCAACUACCAGAUCAGGUCGAUUUUGUUUGUUCAUGUGGUUCAGUUUGUACGUGCUUUCUCUGUAGGGUAGGUGUUGUUUCCAGAAUUCUUGAACAGCAUGUUGUCGCAGUAUUUGUUCACUAAGGUAUUUGGUAUGAUAUGUACAGUAUGUGACAGUUGGCAGGAGACUCUGUGUUGCCGUUGCUUACGAAUAGAAAAAAGUGUUCCCUGUUACUAACUGACUUGUAUUAAA